AAAAAAAAUCUAUUGAUAAAAAUGAUAAAACCUUAACUCCUUAUCAUUAUAACUUCUUUAAUUUUAGCAACAAGCCUUGCUUAGCUAUCUUUCCCUAUAACAAAAGUUUAAAGAAAAUAGGAAGGAUCAAGAUUUCUUUAAUCACUUAGCGUUGUUAAUUAAUAUAAUAAUGUAUAUAUGCUAACUAUUUUAGUUGGUAAAUCAUAAACAUAAAUGAAUGUCUAGCUAGAUACUGGCUCAUAUGUUUUAUGGUUCGCAAGUUAAAGUUGCUCAGGGUGUGAAGGUCAUUAUCCUAAUAGGUAUAAUUGUAAAGCUAGUGAUGGCUGUGUACUUAGUGGCACAGCAGAUGAAUAAGCAUUUGGCGAUGGAACUGAUAUCAGUGGAACAAUAGGAUAAGUACCUGUUUAAUUCGCAGAUGGUACUAAAAUAAAUAAUUAAUACUUCCUCUACGUAACUACUGGCAAAGACAUAGUAAGUGGAUAAGAAGAUGGUAUUUUUGGAUUAGGUACAAUUGAUGUUUACAAUUAAAAUGGAAAAUAUUAGAAUUGGGUGAAUAUUUUGUAUAAUAAUAAAGUCAUUUCUGCAAAUUAAUUCUCUUUGUAUUUAGAUAAUGCUGGUAAUAAUUAGUAAACUACUAACUCCAAAUUAAUGUUAGGUAGUUUAGAUAAAUAAUACCUUGCAUCUAAUGCAACAAUAAACACUAUACCAGUAACUGCAUAAGAUUAAUGGACUAUAUCUGCAUCUAAGGUUUCUUUUGGAGAUAAAGUUCUUAGUUCAUCUGCUGUAAAUGUUUUAAUUGAUUCAGGAACUUCAUUCAUGGCUUUACCUAAAAGUAUUCUCAGUAGUGUGAAAUCAAUUAUGAGUGAUCAAUACUAAAUGACAUACGACUCAAACAAUGGUGGUUUCUUUGGACCAUGCAAGUAUAGACUUCCUACAUUUUCUUUUUAUAUGACAGAUAUUAAUAAUAACUAAGUAAUAUAUACUUUAGAACCUGAAUUUUAUUCCCUUUAUGAUUCAACUUAGAAUUAAUGUGCAUUCAUAGUUUCAGAAGAAAAGGAUUUAAUUAUAUUAGGUGAUGUAUUUAUAAUGAAAUAUCUCCCAACAUUUUAAUAUUCUCCUUAUUUAUUCAUAUCAUUAGCAUAAUCUAUAACAUAACCUAAUUCCAUUCCGUUUUUACCUUCUCCUCCUCCAAAUAAUACUUCUUUUCCUCUAUGGGCUAAAAUAGUUAUACCAGUAGUUGGUUGCAUAAUAAUUGCUGCUGUUAUCUUUUAUUUUUAUUCCCGUUCUAAAAAUAGAAGACUUGCAAAAUAACAACAAUAAUAACAGUAAUAGCCCUAAUUCUAAUAAUAAUAAUAUUAAUAUCAAUAAAACCCUUAAAAUCCAGCAUUUAUAGUAUAAACUGGAUAAUAUUAACAAAAUAUGUAUCAAGGUUAAUAAUACCAGUAAGGUUAUUAAGCUUAACAAUAUUACAAAUGA